CUGUUGCAAGUCAUCUUUCAGUUUUCACGCCACACAACGCCGAUUCAAUUUCGCGACAAAAAGAACAAGAACUGAGUAAAACAUGGCCGAGGUACUGAACGUGGACAAGGACGAGACCGAGUUCCGUCCCUCGUCGAAGGAUACUCCGCUGGAUGAGGAAUCCAUGGAGGAUCUGUACACCAAGUACAAGAAGUUGCAGAAGAUGCUCGAGUUUCUGGAGGUGCAGGAAGAGUACAUCAAGGACGAGCAGCGGAACCUGAAGAAGGAAUAUCUGCACGCCCAGGAGGAGGUCAAACGCAUCCAGUCGGUUCCGCUGGUGAUCGGUCAGUUCCUGGAGGCCGUCGACCAGAACAACGGAAUCGUCGGAUCGACCACGGGUUCGAACUACUUUGUCCGCAUCCUUUCCACGAUCGACCGCGAGCUGCUGAAACCUUCGGCCAGUGUGGCCCUGCACAAGCACAGCAAUGCCCUCGUCGACGUGCUGCCACCGGAAGCGGACAGCUCAAUCUCGAUGCUGCAGGCGGACGAAAAACCCGAAGUCCAGUACUCGGACAUUGGAGGAAUGGACAUGCAAAAGCAGGAAAUCCGCGAAGCCGUCGAACUUCCGCUGACCCACUUUGAGCUGUACAAGCAGAUCGGAAUCGACCCGCCACGGGGUGUCCUCAUGUACGGUCCGCCCGGAUGUGGCAAGACGAUGCUGGCCAAGGCCGUAGCCCAUCACACGACAGCCGCCUUCAUCCGCGUGGUCGGUUCGGAAUUCGUGCAGAAAUACCUCGGCGAAGGUCCCCGAAUGGUGCGCGACGUGUUCCGUCUGGCCAAGGAGAACUCACCCGCAAUCAUCUUCAUCGACGAAAUCGACGCCAUCGCCACGAAGCGUUUCGACGCCCAAACCGGUGCCGAUCGCGAAGUCCAGCGUAUCCUGCUCGAGCUGCUCAACCAGAUGGACGGAUUCGAUCAGACCACCAACGUCAAGGUCAUCAUGGCCACCAACCGUGCCGACACCCUGGAUCCGGCCCUGCUUCGACCGGGUCGUCUCGAUCGUAAAAUCGAAUUCCCCCUUCCCGACCGUCGUCAGAAGCGACUCAUCUUCACGACCAUCACCGCCAAGAUGAACCUGUCGGAGGAUGUCGAUCUGGAGGAUUAUGUUGCGAGGCCGGACAAGAUUUCCGGUGCGGACAUUAACGCCAUCUGCCAGGAGGCGGGAAUGCACGCGGUGCGCGAGAACCGGUAUAUCGUGCUGGCCAAGGACUUUGAGAAGGGUUACAAGAAUAACAUCAAGAAGGACGAAACCGAGCACGAGUUUUACAAAUAAGUGGGGAAGAUUUUUUUUUUUGCCUGCGCGUUCUUUUGUGCUGAUUAAUAUCUAUCGAUAAUACAUACUAAAUACAAUACUUUAAAUAACA